CACACUUUUCGUUAGUUAUUUGUUUACGAUGUUAGCUAACCAAAAUCUAAUAUCAUUUCACUUAGUUGAAAGAAUAGGCAAUAAAAACAUCAUAACAUGGACCUAUCCUACAAUAACCGAGGAAAUGCGCGACUACUUGUUGUCGAAAUGUUUCACACUGUCAAAAAACUCGAAAUUUUUUUGUUUACGCAGAAAUUUUCACUGGAUUUACGUGACGCAAAAUUUAAAUGACGCUCUCGUCAUUAUUUCCGAUUAUUGCAAUUUAGGGAAAUACCAAGCUUUCGCCGAAAUUCUCAUGAGGAAAUAUUUAAAAAAUAAAAACCCUGUAGACCUUGUUAGGCUAUAUUUAGACGGAAAUCUCUCAGGUGGCUGUUCAAUACAAGACAAUGGUAACUUGAUCAGUUGUAAUCUCAAGAAUUUCAAACAACAGACCAAGGUGCAAGAACUGGUGGAAAAUUUUGGUAUUGAAACAAUUUUACUUUAUACUUCUUUACUUUUAAAGAGGAGAACAUUGGUUUAUUGCGAUGAUUUAGAAAAAUUACAAGAGAAAAUGAUGUCAAUAGCAUCUCUAGUUUCUUGUCGAAAUUUAAAAGACCUAUUUUUACCUUAUAUUGAGAACUGGUCAGAUUUAAAGGGAUAUUCGUUUUAUUUGGCUGGCACUACUGAUGAGACUUUGAUUAAAAAAGAUCAUUUGUAUGAUUUAUUUGUUAAUUUGCAUUUAAAAGAAAUAUUCAUAUCAGAAAGAACUAAAGAUGUUUUCAAUAUGACAAAGAUCCAGAAAAACAUAGCAAACUUUUUGGUGGAAGCAUUAGAAACUAAAAUAUGUGAAGAGGAUUUUCAUAAGGAUCUUGAUAAACAAACUAAUAAUAUAUUAAAAACUCUUAGAACAAUGGCUAAUAAUAAUUCGAAUUUAAUAACAAUAGAUGAUUUAAAAUCUAAGAAUUUAAAUAAAAAUCUUGAAAAUUUCCUUUUUAAUCUAGGAGUUGCUGAAAAUAUUGUUAUGUUGUAAAAACACUGUGAUAAGUUAAAUUUUGUAAUAAAUGUUAUAAUA